UUUUUGGGAAGUGAUGUCUAAUGUUUGCAAAUACAAAUUGCAGUAUGUCACUCCAGAAAAAAUUGCAAACUAUGGUGACAUCCAAGGUAGGGAAAUGCUAUGCAUUUAUUGGCUUUGAAGCACUGAAGGAGUUGUUCCUUUUGAGAAAAAAAAAGAUUUGGGAUGAGAUGUGGAUGAAUUUGAAGUUUUUGAACGAAUGCAUAAAAGAAAGCAAGGUACUGGAGAGUUUGUGGAUAACAAAUCGGCUCGAGUUAGUGAACAAUAUAAAGAGAGACAAAAUAUUGAUGAUCAAUCUACUCAGUCUUCAUUCAAUCUCAAGUCAUGGUAAUGUAGUGGACGACCUAUGCAAGGGGAGGUUGUACGGAUUUGGAUGCAAUCAACACUUUAGAAGAUCAUACAAUGGAAGUUCCAAUGAAAUGUGCUCCCAUGAGAAGAACAAGGAAUUAUUUCAAGAAAUUGAAGACGUGCGUGUUACUAGCAAGAGGAUGGAGGAAGAAAUUACUAAAAGCAAAAAUAAAUUGGAACUUGUUAUCAAAGAAAAUAGAUAG